CGGGGGCUUGGGAGCGAGGAGCCGGAGCAGCAGACUGACUCGCACAGGGGGGACUACACACUGAGAAACCUGCUUGAUUCAGCAUCUCCCUCUCUGGAGCAGAAGAAGGACACUUUGUCAGUCCAGCCUUCUUUACAGUUUCCUAGUCCUCACUCUGUUUUAUCUGUUCCCAAAAAGAAGGCUAUCUUGUAAACGACACCACUUACAUUUUGAAACCAGAUUUCAAGUUCCACACCAGCACCCCUGUUGAUAUUUAUAUUUCAGUAUUUUUCAAGAUGGAUGUUCGUUUUCCCCCUCGCCGCUUUGAAAUGUUCUUCUUCAUGAGCUUCUUCUGUGUCCUGCUGCCACCUUCUGACCUACAGUCCAUAGCUAGUGACAAAAACCCCACCUCAGUACCAGCACAGACCAGCUACUCAGUGAAAAUCAUUCCUUCAAAACCUCAGACCAGCUCCCAGAAUGUUGUCCUUACAGAACAAAGUCCUGCAGCGUCUGCAAAAGUUGGGCAAGAGCAAGUUUUAGCCAAUCACAGCCAGCCUACCCUUGCUUUACCUGCUCAAACCAGUAAUCAAAGGACGUUAGGAGAUGCCAGCCACACUUCACCACAUUCACCAGUUAAGCUCUUGAUUUUGGAUACUUGCAUCGAGAAAGACAAACAAGGGGACACAGCCAACCAGACUCGGGGCCUCAGCCAGGAGGUGGACUUGGACCCGGGUUCGUCGCUGAUUCUGACUCACAAGAUCAGUGUCGUCCCGGCAUCUUGUGCUGGGAGCUGCGACUCAGAAUUUUCUGCCCUGCGGAAGCGUUUGGAAAAGCUGGAGAUGGAGGUGUCCACCCUGAGGAGGAAAUGUGGGGGUCCUGAGAGCUCCUGCCCUCCCCCACAGCGGGGAGGAGAGGAAAAUGGCGACGGGUGUCCGGAUGACUGCAGUGACCAAGGCCGCUGUGAGAAGGGAAAGUGCGUCUGCUUCCCGGGCUUCAUCGGGCCUGACUGCGGCACGGCCGCCUGCCCCCCCGGCGACUGUGGCAGCCGGGGCCGGUGUGUCCGUGGGAAGUGCGAGUGCGACGCUGGCUUUUCGGGGGUGCACUGCACCACUGCGCCUUGUCCCGGUAACUGCAGCGGCAAAGGACGGUGUGUACAGGGGAGGUGUGUGUGUCACCCUGGAUACUCAGGCCCCGACUGCAAGUGCAAAGAUGGACACGGCGGCACUGACUGCGAGAGGGACAGUAGUGGGAGUGUAAUGACCACAAUGACCAUAGAAACGGUGACAAUGACGCUGACACCAGAAAAUGACACGAUCAAAGAAAAGAUACAUGGGAAGUUGGCCAAGACUAUACUCUCCAAAAAUGAGGAGAAGAAAAAUCCACAGAGAACAUUGAGGAGGGGAGAGGGGAGAGAAGAGAUGGAGAACAUCAGUAAAACCAAAGUCAGCUCGGAUCUGAAACCAGAUACUACAGAAUCUCACAGUGAAGUGGAUUUGGGUCUGAAAUCAAAUACUACAAAAUCAUACAAUAAAUUGGAUUUGGAUCUAAAAUUGAAUACUACAAAAUCACAGCCAAAACUGGACUUGGGUCUGAAAUCAAAUGCUACAAAAUCACAGCCAAAACUGGACUUGGGUGUGAAAUCAAAUACUACAAAAUCACAACCAAAACUGGACCUGGGUGUGAAAUCAAAUGCUACAAAACCACACCCAAAACCAGACAUGUUUGUGAAAUCAAAUGCUACAAAAUCACAACCAAAACCAGACUUGGGUGUGAAAUCAAAUACUACAAAAUCACACGCAAAAGCAGACUCAGAUCUUAAACCAGGUGGUGCAAAAGACAAUGAGGGAUUUGAAUCUAAGAAAAAUGUCAUGGUCAAAAAACUGACAAUUGCUACUACAGUCCAUUCCAACACUUCCAGAAGUGGACAAAUGGGACAUAAAGUUGUGCAGGCCAUUCUACAACAGCCAAAAUGGAACAUAGAAGAACAUCAGACAAAGACCAGAAAACUAGAUUCCAAACUUCAAAAGAAAGAGGAUGAUAAACGUUCUAAAUCUGAUAUAAAAAUGUCUGUAGAUAUCAAGCGAGAUUCAGCAAACCAAACCCAUAUAAAAUCAGGCAAACUGAUCUACCACAAUGUAAGCCGAGCUUCAGCCUUUGUAAAUCAUACAAAUGUGGAAUUGAAAGGCAAAGGAAGUUCGGCAAAGGCAACUGAUAGAACAGCACCAGGGAAGGUAACAGAAAAAACGAUUUUGGCUGUGAAGAACGCAUCUAAAAUUCUCCAAAAGACCAACAUAAGCCAGGGCAAAGUUAACAGAACACAAACCACGGAUGAUCACGCCAAACCUAAACAUAACCAAGGAGAUAAUCUAAGAAAAUCAGGCGUCGUUCCUGUAAGCGACACAGGUAGCAGCACUGUAGCUCUGGGAAAUAAAACUGCACUGAGUAAUGCAAAUGCUGGGUCGGUGAAAUAUGCUAUUUCCUCAGUAAAGGCAACUGUAAAUCAAAGAAUGAAUACAGCUGCUUCGAAAGGAUCGGAGGAUGAGAGACUAAAAACGGAAAACAAUAUUAAUGGAACAAGCGCCCAGACGAAUAGUGCUUCUGCCGAAUCAGAAACUCUACCACGCCUGGCCUCAAAAAAUAUUCAAACCCGUAAUGGGACUCGUCCAACCUUGGCAGGCCCUCAUCAUCUAGAUAGAGGUCCUCAACAUGGACGCGGUUUUCCUAAGAUGCAAAGUCAGCCCUUAAAAGAAGAAAUAAUAAUGGGGCCUACAGGAAGCCAAGGGUCGGCAGCUAGAAAUGCCAGCAGAAGUGGACAAAGAACUCAAGAAAUGCAGAAGGACAUUACAAGCAUUCAGACAGAUGUGCCCAAUAAGACGAGGAUUCAAGCUGAAAUAAAAAGGAAUAACUCCAGUAUCACUAAACUAAAAGAGGCUUCUACUAAAAUAAGUUAUAACAGAACCUCAAGCCACACAGUAAACACCGGUAAAGUCGAUAUUCACCCUGAUCCGCGUAUGGAAACCAACAGAAGUAGCAGCAGCGCUCGAAAAGGAGAAGCAGCCUUUAUAUCUAUCAGGGUGAAAAACGUAACUUCCAGAGGUUUCACCAUCGUUUGGGAGGCACCUCAAAGAUCGUUUAAAAAUUUCACUUUGACCAGAAGAGAGUAUAGGACGGAAAUGGAGGAAGAAGAUGAGGUCGAGGAGAACAAAGAGGAGGAGGAGGAGGAGGAGGAACAAAGUGAAGGAGGUGCUUUACCUGACAGAAUGAAUAUUGAUCAAAGUGCUCUGGGCAAAGGUGUUGGUCAUACAAAGAUAAGUAACAACAGCAUAACAGUUCAUGUAUCGCUGAAACCCCACAAUGAUUCAAGGGCCAAAACGCAUCUCAGAAGAUUCACACAAGUUGUUGCAGGCUCUGCCCGCUCCCUGUCAUUCCGGAACCUUCACCCUCAGUCUCGAUACUCAGUGUCAUUGUAUGGAACAAGCCUAGGACUGCGAUCCAAAAUCCAUCGCAUCACCGUCACUACAGCUCCGGAUUCCCCCACUGACCUGCUAUUCAGCGACGUUACACAUUCGUCUCUUUCUGUGUCCUGGACUAAGCCGAGGUUAGCAGUAGACGGCUUCAAAGUCACCUACACUAACACUGACAACGGGAAGCCUGUGACCAUGACCUCUGACCCCCAGCAUUCCAGUUUGCUCCUCUCUCAGCUCUCCCCUGGCUCCUCCUAUGAGGUCCGUGUGUUCUCCAUGAAGGGAUUGGACGAGAGUGACCCAAUCACUGGCCUUGUUGUCACAGUCCCUGACCCUCCAACAUCCCUGCAGAUCAUCAACAUAACAAACACCAAGGCCGUCCUCCAGUGGACUCCCGCUUUGGCUAAAGUCGAUCGCUAUAUAGUGAUUUAUGGAUCUGAAAAGGUGCGGAAUUUGACAGUGACUGUCCCAGGCAAUGCAGCUGUACUGCAGAUGAAGGACCUGCACAGUGCCACUGUAUACUAUGUGGCAGUGACGAGUCAGCUGGACAGCCUGCAGAGCAUCGCAGCCAGUGCAACCUUCACCACGGCAGGGGAAGGUGGAUGGAGAUGGGAGCAGCGCCUGAUAGUCAAUCAGGUGACCCCACGCUCUGCAGUGUUGUCAUGGAGACCACCAAGUGCAAAGGUGACAGGAUAUAAGCUGUCCUAUCAGAUGGCAGGAGAGGAGAUGAAGGACAUCAUUAUUGGCUCUACUGUGACACAACACAGACUCACAGGACUACUGCCAAUGUCCAAAUACACUGCAAAGAUACAGGCAGCCAGGCUGGGGCGCUACAGUGCACCCAUCUCCGCUGAAUUUAACACAGGCCCCCUGCGCUUCCCCUUUCCUACGGACUGCUCUCAGGAGCUGCUAAACGGCCUGCGAGCCUCCGGGGAGGCGCUGAUCUACCCCAGUGGCAGGCAGGGGGCGGCUGUGCGGGUCUUCUGUGACAUGGAGAGCGAUGGAGGCGGCUGGACGGUCUUUCAGAGAAGAGUGAAUGGAAGGACAGACUUCUUUCGGAGUUGGAAUGACUACAGCAAAGGCUUUGGCAACUUGAGUGAGGAGUUCUGGCUUGGAAACGAGCUGAUUCACAGCCUGACCGGCCUGGAGCCCAUGGUGCUGAGGGUGGACCUCGUGGCAGGAGCGGAGUCCGCAUUCGCCCACUACUCCUCUUUCUCCAUCGAUUCACAGAGAAGGUUCUACACACUGAACCUGUCUGGGUACUCAGGCACUGCUGGUGACUCCAUGCAGUACCACAAUGGGCGGCCAUUUUCCACCAAAGACAGAGACCCCAAGCCGGUCCUCAGUGGAUGUGCUGCGUCCUAUAGAGGAGGCUGGUGGUACAAGGACUGCCACGAGGCCAACCUCAACGGCCUGUAUGACACCAACACCAACCACCAGGGUGUGAUCUGGACAGCAUGGAAAGGCCGGGACGUCUCCAUUCCCUUCACCGAGAUGAAGAUCAGACCGCAGUCAUUCAUCCCACAGACUCAGGAAUAGAGAGUCACACUGAGAUAAAUAGAAAGUAGCUUGAUUUUUAUCUACAACUCAAUGUGCUCACAAGCACAAACUCACACACACAACCAUGGCACAGCCUCCAAACAGGUUUACUACAUGAUUCACAAGCCUAAAUCAUCACACGGGCUUAGAAUUCAGGUUUUGACAGAAGAGCUUUUUCCAAGCUUCUAUUAAAGACCACUUUUGAUGUGAAUUCAUUCUAAAAUGCACAGCACCGUUGGCCAGUUUCAUCCUUUAUAGUUUACAUUAAAAAAUAUGCAACUUGGCAUUAAAAUGCAACUGAUCCUUUUUAUUUUGAACUGUUAGAAGUAAAGCCUUAAUUAAUGCUAAUAGCAAAACAAAAGCACAAGAGACAAGUAUGUAAUGGGAACACUGGGCCCCUAAAAUUGAUAUUAAGCUCGGAGUAGUAAGCUGUGCUGAAAUUUGUAGUUUUAUCGGAUGUGGUUAGAAAGAAAGUGAUAAACUAGUGACCAGCAGAAAUAAAUGUGUGAAAGGUGAUUGUGAUAAGUAAGACACUGCGAUCACGCGUGACGAUGGAAGUGUGCGGCCGUAGGGUUCACUGAUAGCGCAGCCUGUUGUCGAGGUCAGAGAGAAACACACAGCUGAAAUGGAGACACAUCAAUAAGGGCCUAUUUAAAUACUAAGCACGCGUAUGAGCACAGAGGCUGUCACACGUCAGGUUCCACUCACUUUUAUUUACUUAGCAGAUGCUUUUAUUCUAAGUGGCAUACAACUGAGAAAGCUGGAAGCAACUGGGGUUAAGGGUCCAACUCAAGGGCCCAGUGGUGAAAUCACUCUGCUUUUAAACUGCCGAUUUUCCCUGAUCCUCAGAGCUACACGCAGCCUCCAAAGAAAGAGCAUCUUGCCCCAAGAGGACCAAGCUCACAGCCUUCAGGUUAGAAGACUCUACCUAGAGUAGCAGC